CCCACCCCCAGCACACAGACCACAGCCAAAGCCCACAGCCAGAGCAGCCAGAGCACCACCACCAGCAAGACCAGACACAGAUCCCAGCCCAGAUCACCAGCAGCGAUCCCCACAGCCCAGCAGCACCCAGCACAAGACACAGCCCAGAAGCAGCCAGCAGCAGCAGAACAGCCAGCCAGAUCAGCAGUCAGAUCAGACAGCACAGCCAGCCCAGACAGUGAUGAGACCCCGCAGACCACGCCGCACAGAUCCCCAGACACGCCCACACAGCAGCAGCCACCCAAAGCCAGCAGCCAGCCCAGAUCAACAGCCACACAGCAGAUCCGCACCAGCAGCAGACAACAGCAGACCCCACAGAGACAGCACACAGACCCCCAAAAAGCAGAGACCAGACAGAGACCAUCACCAGAACCCAGCCCCCAGGGGGGGGAACACCGAUCCAGACAGACACACAGCCAGACAGCAGAACCAGCAGCCCCAGACCACACCCAGCAGAUCCCAGACCACAGCCAGACACCCACCAGAUCCACCCCCAAUCCACCCCAACCCCCCGCCACCCAAUUCCGCACCGCCGAACAAGACCAGACCCAGCAGCAGCCCACAGACCAGCAGCACAGCAGAUCAUUAGAUCAGCAAACACGCCCACAGCCAAGAAGCCAGCAAAGGCCACACAGAUUUUUCAGAUCCAGCCACAGACAGCAGCACCAGAUAGCCCAGACCAGAGCAGCAGACCAGCAACAGCCCAGACAGCAGCCACAGUCUUCAAGCCAGACAAGUAGACAGACAGACAGCACAGACCAGCAUCCCAGACAGUCAAGCAGCCCCCCUCAGCAGAGAGACCAGCCACCCAAGACCCACCAGCAGCCACACCCCCCCCAGCAGAUAACACCCAACCACCAGCAGCACAGCAGCAAGCAGACAGCACAGAACCCCCACACACAGCAGCCAGACCCCCAGACAGACACAGCCCCAGACAGCAAGACAGAAGCAGACCAGCAGCACACACCAGUCCAGAGAUCAGCAGUCCAGCAGACGCCAGCAGCCAACAGGCCAACAGAUCAGCCCCCAAGAGACAGACAGCCCAGCAACCCCAGCACAGCAGAAGCACAGCAACAGCAGGAAAUGCAGUCACCCCAGACCACAGCCCACACGAUUCCACACCCACAGAUCCCCCACCCAGAAGCAAGCCCAGCCCACCACCAGCACAGCAGAUUCCAGCAGCGUCACCCCCCAGCAGCACAUUUUUGGGAGAUUCCAGAUCCAGCACACCCAGCACAGCAAGCACAGCCAGCAGCACAGAUAGCCCAGCCAACCCCACACACCCAGCAGCCCACAAGCAUGCAGCCCAGCAGCACAGCCCACACAGCACCCAGCCCCCCAGCAGAAAGCCAGCCAGCCAGAGCACACCCAGGUCCAGACAGAAGCCAGAAGCCCAAGCAAACCCACCAAAGAUCACAGCAGACAGCCCAGAGUCCCCCCCACACAGCAGCCCAGACCAGCAAGCAGCCCAGCCACCAGUCAGCCCACCAGCAGGACCCACCCCGAGCAUACAGUCGCCAGCACAGAAAGAUCCCAGCCCAGAUUCAGUCAAGACAGAGGCAGCAGAACACACAGCCAGCAAGACAGAUCCAGAACCAGCAUACAGCCAAAGCAGAUCAGAGACACACCAGAAGACAGCCAGACCACAGCAGAGACCAGACAGAAGCCGACAGCAGAAGCCACCAGACAAACACACCAGCCGACAACACAGACCACACACCAGCAGACACCAGACAGUCAGCAGAGACAGACAGCCAGACAGCAGUGCAGAUGCCACCCCUCAACCAGAUACAGACAGAUCCAGAUCCGAAGCAGCUAGAAGAUAAGCAGCACACCCAGCCGACACCCCAGAAGAUCCAACCAGCACGUACCCCGACACAGAUCAAAUCAGCACCCAGACAACAGCCACCGCCGCAUGCAACAGAUCAAGACCCAGAUCAGCAGCACCCAGAUCAGCCAACCCAGCCCAGCAGACACCACCAGAGCCAGCAGACCACACAGCAGAUCCCACCCCCAGAGACAAGCACCCACCACGCCAAACCAAGCCAGCAAGACCAGCAGUCAGCCCAGACAGACCCAAAUCAGCGCCAUGCCGACCAGACAGCACAGAGCACAGAUCAGCAGCAGACAGGAUCGAUCGGCACACGGGCACCAGAUAACCACAAUCACCAAGCAGACAGUGACACCACAGAGAACCCCCCAGCAGAUCCCCAGCACGAGCACAGCAGACAGAUCAGCCAGCCAGAUAGCAGAGACAGACACCAGCAGAACCCCCCCAAGACCCCACCAGCCAGCAAGCAGCAGCAGAGGCCCCAGCAGAACAAGACAGCCCAGCAGAGAUCAGAAGCCCCCCACCCAGAUCCAGCCCACCACCACCCCAGAGCUCAGAGCACAACCAGACCCCACCACACAAGCCAGUCAGUGACUCAAGCAGCCCCAGCAGCCCCAGCAGACCACCCACAGAAUCAGCACAAGACAGCCAGCAGACACACAGAUCCACAGCAGCCCAGCAGCAGAUCAGCCAGACAACAACAGCACAGCCCAGCACCUAGCAGCACCAGACCAAAGCAGACCAGACCACACAGAUCACACCACAGAAAGCCCAGCCAGCACAGCCACAGCAUGCAGCAGCCCAGACCCCAGAUCAGAAACAGCCAGCGCAGCAGCAGCAACAGGCAGGACAGAGAGAUCCCCACCCACAGCCCAGACCCCAGCCCAGAAAGAUUCCACCAGAGCAGUGAAGCAGGACCCAGUGAGCCACACACCCAGAAGCCACAGAUACCAGCAAGCAGAUCCAGCCAAGACAGAGCACCCAUAGAUCCACACAGGCACAAGAAUCCAGAUCCACACCCAGAAGACCAGCCAACAGCAGCCAGAUUAGCAGCCCCACCCCCAGACAGCACCAGAAUGCCAGUGACCAGAAAGACACACCCCAGAGACGCCUGCACAGUUUUUCAAGAUCACAGACAGACAGACACAUCCGGCCCCAAAAUGGCCCCAGACCCCAGAUCCAGCAGAUCAUGCCAACAGCACAAGAACCACCUCAGCCAGCCCCCACCCAGCAUGCAGAAACCAGCAGACCCUAUGCAUCAGCAGACCACCACCAGCAGCAGUGAUCCCAGCUCAGGCCCAUCAGCAGAUCAGAGGAGCACCAGAGCAACAAGACCAGAAGCCACAGCCCCAGUCAGCAGAGAUCCAGCAGCUAAGCAGCAGCAGGUCCAGCAACACACACAGACCCCAGACAGCCACCCCCCACAGAGAUCAGUCAGCCAGACAGCACGCACAGACAGCCAACACAAGCCAGACCAUACCGCAGCAGAGCAGCAGUCACACGCCAGAUCCCAGCCACCCCAGACAGACCAGCAAGUCCCACAGGCAGGACCAGUGCAGAGCAGAGCCAGGCAAAGCAGACCCCCCCAAGAAAAGAUUCCCAGCACCAGAUCACCUUUAACAGAAGACAAGUACUUCCCACCCAGCCAGCAGAGUCCAGCGACCAAGACCAGAAGAUCACAGCACUUACAGAGACAGCAGCAGACGACCAGCCAGCAGCCCAGAAGCAGACAUGCACCAGCAGCCAGACCACCAGCAGACCAGAUCCAAGAUGCCAGCAGCAGCAUCAAAGUCCCCCACACGCAGCAGCCCAGACCCCCCCACCAGAUCAGCCCACACCACAGCACACCAGCCCAGACACGAAGCCAGACACACAGCAGCACGCCCAGAGACACAGACAGACAGGGAUACAGCAUAACAAGCAGCAGCCACUCUUCUCCCACAGACAGCCAACAGACCACCACCACGACCCCAGCAGUCAUGCUAAGUCCCUUCCAAUGCCACACCCCCACUGACCAGUAUCCAUUGCAUGCAGCGCAGCAGCAGUUUUCUAAGGACAGAUCCAGCCAUCCAAAGCAUCCCCCCAUUUUUUUCAGUUUCCCAGCAGACCCAAUUCCCAUUUUGAUAAACCCCAGAUCCAGCAACAGCACACACAGUAUUAGCAGUCCACCACAGACCACGUCCCAGUCGACCACAGCUCAGCCACCACAGCAGAAGCAGCAGCCAGAUCAGACCCAGACGACAGACGCAGCAGCAGAGCCAGCACAGCAGACAAGCAGCAGCAUAACCCACAGAACCAACCCAUCAAGCACCAGCAAGCAGCACAGCAGCAGCGCACAGAUCAGAUCAGCCAAGACCAGAGCCCAGAUCAGCAGAAGAGCCACAGCAACUAGACAGCAGCCAGCAGCACAGAUCAGCAAGAUCCAAGCUCACACAGCCAGACAGAGCAGACCAGCACAGACAGCAGCAGCAGCAGCCCAGACAGAUGCAGAUCCAGCAGACAGCAGGAGACACAGGCACGAACCCCCACCGAUCACACCGCCCAGAUCAAGAAGCACAAGACACAGAUCCGAAGACAGAUCAGCAGAUCCGCAGACAGAUAGCAGACAAGCAGCAGCAGAGCAGCACAGCCAGCCAGCAGCAUCAGGACCACCAGAACACACCCAGAAAGCAGCCACACAGCAGCAGCCAGCCCAGACAGACAGCACAAACAGAUCGACAGAAGAACACAGCGCAGGGAUCAAGAAGCAGGCAGCAGCAGCAGGCAAGCAGAUGACAUGCAGCACACGCAGACAGAACAGCAGCAGCAGCAGCCCAGCCAGUCCAGAUAGCCAGAGCACAGCAGCACAGACCCAGCAGCAGCAGCCAGCCAGAAGUCGCAGCAGCAGAAAGCAGACAGAGCAGAUCAGACAGCCAGAGAAGCAGCAGCAGCAGACAAGCCCCCACAGCAGCAGCACCAGACAGCAGCAGCCAAGCGCAAGAAGAAACAGACAGAAGAAUCCAGCCAGAUCAGCAGUCUUUUAUUCCUUUUUUUAA